GUGCGCAAAUCUCCCAAGAGGCAGAGCCGAGCAUCAAGGUAGACCACAAUAACGAGGCAAAUUUUCCGGCUACACAGGCAGGAAUGUGGACCGACGGUAUUAUCCUACUUGGGACCUUGAUUUGUGCCAUUCUACUGCCUCUGCUCGGCGUUGUUGUCGAGCAGGUGGACGGGGAGGCCAGCAUAAACAAAUGGGACAACUCGGAAAUAUGGAAGGAUUUGCCGGAGCUUCCGGCCAAGUGGGGUGAACAAUACGAUUUAAAGCUUGAGCGGGAUUGUGGCGUACAGGAUGAAUUCGUGCCAAUUAUCACGAUGCCGAAGGAAAUGGUUGGGGAUUUGUUCGCUAAACAGCAACCGAUGGAGGUGGAAUCGACGGGGUUGUUGAGCAAAGGUAGAACUUGGUUGAAGAAUUUUGUGACGACGACAAUGAGUGGGAUUAAGGAGAAGUUGGAAGAAGCAGCUGGUAAGGUUAAAAGUAUGAUAAGUGAUUUUCAAAAGAAGAAAACGGAUGCUGUCAAAAACGUUAAAGAGAAAUUAGACAGAAAAACAGAUGGAAUCGAAACUAGCUUGAAAGAAGCUUCUAAACAAGUUAGUUGUGAGAAAACUGCAAACAAAUGUGUUCAGAAUGCAAAAGAAGGGUUUGAGGAAUAUCAAGAGAGCUUGCAGCAAGCAAUGAAUACAUGCUUGAAUGAGAUGAAGGAUGCUAUAAAAGGUCAUGAAAGCAGAAUUGACUUAGCGAAAAGAGAAGUGAACGAUCUUCUGAGUCAGCUGAAGAACUGUACCGAAGGUAAUCCAACUUCCGGUGGAGUAAAGGAAAGAAUCGGUGCGGUAUUUGGAACAAUCCAAUGUGCAACAAAAACGCUAGCUAAUCAAAUAAAAAACCAACUGGGAACUGCACUGAAAAAACUGGCGGAUGCGGUCAAAAGGGCUGGAACGCUGAAAAAAGAGGUUGACGGUGCCAACAAAUGUAUCGAUGAACCUCCAAAACACGAUCAAGUUGAGAAACAGCAAGCAACACUUGUUGGAUUGUUCGCUACCUGGCACAUGGUGAUUCAGUAUUUGGAUUAUCAAGAAUAUACCGCAUGGGCGUUUCAACUGUUCGGAGUAUUGUUCGUGAACAGACUGGAAAAAAUCAGCACGGAUUUUUUUGAAAAAUGGAAUUUUCCGCACUGCUGUGGCGCUGUCGACGGAAAGCAUGUCGCUAUACAAUGUCCAAGGAACGCGGGAUCGGAAUACUUUAACUAUAAAAAGUUCCACAGCAUUAACUUGAUGGCUGUUUGCGAUGCUGAUUACAAUUUUGUAGCAGUAGACGUUGGUGCAUACGGUGGAAAUUCCGACGGCAGCGUGCUGGCGCAUUCAGCUUUCGGCAAAUUACUCCUGGAAAAUCGAUUGGGCCUACCAGUUGCAGAUAAUCUUCCAUAUUCUCCCAUGAAAGUGCCCUAUUUCAUAGUAGGGGACGCUGCUUUCCCUUUGAAGGAUAAUCUCAUGAGACCAUAUCCAGGAAAACAGCUGCCAAACGUUCGGGACAACUUUAACCAACGCUUGUCUCGUGCCAGGCGCACGAUUGAAAACGCUUUUGGCAUAUUGGUUGCUAGAUGGAGAAUUUUGAAAAACACGCUGGUGAUGGAGCCCGCAUCAGCCGAAAAAUUAGUUCUAGCCUGUGUUAUCCUACACAAUUUUGUUAAAAAGCACAAGAACGUACACAAUCAAGCUCACAAUGCUCAAUUAGAGGCUCAGUGGAAUAAUUUUGUUGAACCCCUUCAGGGCAUCAAUCCUGCUGCAGUGUUUAUUGGUAAUAAUUCGAGACAAUCCGCAUAUCGUUAUCGUGACAUCGUUGCUGAGUAUUUACUUCUUCACCCAUUGCAAUUGUAAAUUUCUUUCUUUUAUCUUUGUUCAAUAAAUAAAACGCACAAAUGUUAUU